GUCUGCUCUAUGUUUCCCAUCGGAGUAAAUAGUUUGCAGCCUGGUUUCUCCGCCGGAGUUUCGUUCUUUCCUGUCUGAUUGCUGAAGCUGCUGAGAUGUUGCGCUCAUUGAUCCGGGGACAGGCCUUACUCCAGCAUUCUAGAAGCGGAAUACCACGGGCAUGGUUAGUAACAACACAGCACCGAUGGGCAUCGAACCUUCCUAUGAACACAGUUGUGCUGUUUGUUCCACAACAGGAGGCAUGGGUGGUAGAAAGAAUGGGCCGUUUUCACAGAAUACUGGAUCCAGGCUUGAACUUCUUGAUUCCAAUUGUAGAUCGGAUAAGAUAUGUACAGAGCUUAAAGGAAAUUGUUAUUGAUAUUCCAGAACAAUCUGCAGUUUCAUUAGAUAAUGUGACUUUGCAGAUUGAUGGUGUACUAUACUUACGAAUAAUGGACCCAUACAAGGCAAGUUAUGGAGUUGAAGACCCUGAGUAUGCAGUUACUCAGCUGGCCCAAACAACCAUGAGAUCUGAACUUGGGAAGCUCACAUUGGACAGUGUUUUUAGGGAAAGAGAAGUACUGAAUAUGAAUAUGGUCACUCAAAUAAAUCAAGCGGCAGAUACUUGGGGAAUCCGCUGUCUAAGAUAUGAGAUCAAGGAUAUCCAUGUUCCACCUAAAGUAAAGGAAGCCAUGCAAAUGCAAGUUGAAGCUGAAAGAAGAAAGCGUGCCACUGUGCUGGAAUCUGAAGGGGCCAGAGAGGCAGAAAUCAAUAUAGCUGAAGGGAAAAAGCGAUCUCGCAUUCUGGCAUCGGAGGCAACAAAAGCAGAAAAUAUUAACCAAGCUGCAGGUGAAGCUAAUGCAGUCAUAGCAAAAGCAAAGGCAAAAGCAGAAGCCAUUCAAAUGCUCUCUGAAGUUCUUAGUCAACAGUGUGGAAGUCAAGCAGCCUCAUUGAGUGUAGCCGAGCAGUAUGUGUCUGCCUUUAGUAACCUGGCCAAACAGACCAACACAAUUCUUCUUCCUUCAAAUACGGGUGAUAUCAGUAGCAUGGUGACACAGGCCAUGGGAAUUUACAGUACCCUGACUAAUAAACCAGCAGCAGCAGGAGAAAAACUAACAAUGGAUGUUUUCCAUGCUGACAAAUCACCCCAACUGGUUGGUGGGAGUCAAACAUUCCCUUCAGAGAAUGAAGUUCUGAAGUCAAAAAUGGUCUGAAAUUUCUACUGAAUGAUGAAUGAAAAUUGCAACUGCAGAAUGUGCCAGAUUUAAACUGUUUUGAAAUUUGAGAUGAAAAUGUGAGAUGCUCAUUGCACAACACUUUUAUACUCUUGGAAGAACUGAUUUUGUUGGGUGUCUGUAGCUUAGUUUCCACCUGUACAACCACAUCAUGGGUACAAAAAAAGUCUUUCUGAACUGAUGGGAUCAGUAUGUUUAAUUUCCUGAAAGAGAAAAUAAAUGUUUAAUUAUUUCUUUCUCUCCCAUCAAAAAAAGUUUCACUGUUUUCUUUUUGGCUACAUGGGUAUAGGUAUGCAUUUUACUUGCGAAUGGAAAAACCUGAAUGAGCAAGUUAUUCUGUUUGGAGUCACCACAAUAUGAGAUGUUAACUUUAGCAGCAAAUAGGUCAUGUCAAUGGAAAAAGAAGUAGAUUAGUAAAUGGCAGAGGUUAAACAGAGACUGCUGCUUAGUAACUAAUGUAAAUAUUGUGACCAGGUGAUAUAGUUGCAGUAAAACUAUGCAAUUAAAAGGUAAAACAAAGAAAUUAAAUUUUGGGAUCGAUACUUGUGUAUCCUGUUUUUUUAAAAGAAGGAAAUUAAUAAUAUUUUAGAAACAAUUCAGAUUGUGUAUUAAGUCAAACAAUAUAUGAUUUAUGAUUUGUGAUUUAUGCUAUUGGAGGUAAUUUAACCCAGUCUUCUUCGAACAAAGAAUAGUACAGCACAGGAACAGGCCCUUCGGCCCUCCAAGCCUGCGCCGAUCAUAUUGCCCGUCAACUAAAGCAUUUUGCACUUCCGGGGUCCGUAUCCCUCUAUUCCCAUCCUAUUCAUGCAUUUGUCAAGCUGCCUCUUAAACACCACUAUCGUACCUGCUUCCACCACUCCUCUGGCAGUGAAUUCCAGACACUCACUACCCUCUGCGUAUAAAACUUGCCCUGCACAUCUCCUCUAUAGCUUUCUCCUCUUACCUUAAGUCUAUGUCCCCUAGUAAUUGACUCUUCCACCCUGGGAAAAAGCUUCUGACUAUCUACUCUGUUCAUCCCACUCAUAAUUUUGUAAACUUCUAUCAAGUCGCCCCCCCCGUCUCCGUCGCUCUAGUGAGAACAAUCCGAGUUUUUCCAACCUCUCAUCAUAGCUAAUAACCUCCAGACCAGGCAGUAUCCUGGUAAACCUCCUCUGCACCCUCUCCAGUGCCUCUAUAUCCUUCUGGUAAUGUGGCAACCAGAAUUGCACGCAAUAUUCCAAGUGUGGCCUAACCAAAUUAUUUAAUUCUUCGCCAAAUUUUAACUUCCAUUCCUCUUAGCUGCUUUUUUCCUGGAUAAGUUUGUCUUUGGCACUCGUAACUAUAUCUGAACUAGCUGUUUUGAAUCUGAGCUCACCUCAUCUCAGGGAAACGUGCACAUCUAAUUGACAAAUUUAUCUGCCUGGUAUGGCUAUACAAACUGAAUUUCUGUAACCCUUGUUGCAGAUGCAGUUUCCAGGUUUACAAAGGCAAGACAAGGAAUACCUAUGUCUUCUACAGUUCCCACCUUUUAUAGCAGAUGUAUUUGUAUGAACCAAAUUUGUCCACUAUACAUGAUAGCCAGUAUUGUAUGAUAUAUUGUGGAUCACUAUGCAAGAAAGCAAACAAGUCUGUAUGCAAUGCAACUAGUUUAUUUGAAACACAGUCAAAUACAUAUGUAAAAUAAACUGUUCAAUGCUAAAGCAUUUUCAAAGAUUAAAGUUAAAAAGUAAAAA